UCCCCCGCCGACAUCAGUUGCCUGCCCGGAGCUUGACUCCCGUUAUAAACAAUCCCACAGUCGUAGGCAUAAACCGCAACUCGUACGUUAGCGAACCAUUCACACACAAACAUCUUCGCCUCUUCGGCCGCUUUAUGGAACUGGAUCUAAUUAUUUCAUUAGGCAGUCGUGUUAGGCAAAUACCGGCACAAACAAUCGAUUAAAGCGCAAGGCAGGUGGCGCGGUGUUUAAAGAUGACAGCUCUCCCCUGGUGCCUGUUGCCAGCACUCCUCUUUGGCACCCUGGCAAUUUCGCAGAGGACCGAGCCCAGAUCCUGGAAUGCCAGGAGGGGCAUGACCCCGGUGUUCUCCACCAAUCCCGACGCACAGCAGAGUCGAGCGCCCGGCGCACAGAGCGGCGGGAGGCGUCACGGUCGGCACAGCAACAGGCUGGGUCACGCAUCACUUUCCCGCCAGCCAUUGCUCCCCAUGGGGGGUCCCGGGGAUGAUGGGAUGGGCCGGGGGGGUCUGAGGCCCCUGAAGCUGGAUGUGGGCCAGGGUGGAGGGGAUGGGCGGGCAGUGAAAAUGGGGGAGGGAACCUCACCGGGCUUCAGAGUCCAGUCCCACAGGGCAAAGCACCGCCCCCUCAAGGCUGAGGCUGCUCGGAAGGACAGGAGACUUGGGCACCAUGGGCGCAGGAAACAGGGCGGCCGCCGGAACAAGGCCCGGCACGCUAAAGGCCAUUUCUCUUAUUUGCAGCCCAGUUUGGUGCAGCAUGGGGAUGUGUUUGAAGUAAAUCCCUCCAGUGUGCCUCCACCAAAGAGCCCAGCCCAACCCAGCCCACAUCCCUCCCCCACUGACACUGAUCACAGCACCAGCCCCAGCACAUCCCUGGUAACCACGGUGAAGAGCGAGCAGCCUCCCACUUCUAAUCCUCAGAAAUCUGGCUGGAGGAAGCGGCAACAUGAGGUGAUGCCCACUCUGGACAUGGCUCUCUUUGACUGGACUGACUACGAGGACAUGAGACCAGCAGAAACAUGGCCAAACUACAGAAAGAAAGACAAGUGGCGCAGUAAGAAUCUGAGUGGCGGAAAUACGACAGUGGAUGCAGACACCAUUGAACCAUGUGACCACCACCUGGACUGUCUCUCAGGAUCCUGUUGUGACCUGAGGCACCAUGAGUGUAGGCCGCACAAUCGUGGGCUAAAUAACAAAUGCUAUGAUGACUGCAUGUGCACAGAAGGGCUUCGCUGUUAUGCCAAAUUUCAUCGCAAACGUCGGGUGACCAGGCGGAGGGGGCGCUGCGUGGAGCCUGAGUCAGCGAACGCCGACCAAGGGGCAUUCAUCACAGUGUGAGAGAGCUGGGGGAGCAAGGAGGAACGCUGCAUCGCCCUUCCCCUGGCCAAAUAUUCAAGAAAAAGAGCACAGCCAAACCUACCCCCAGGAAUCCGCCUCAGUCUGUAUCCCGCACACACACACAGAACAGUAACUACACAUACAUGCACCGAAUGGCGGAAUGACAAAAAGGACUUGUACGUCUCCACCCAUGCAGAUCGCAGUCCUGUCAUGUUCUUAUUCACUGAAAUAUCUUACAAGAAUGGAUUCACAUGAUCGGUUUUCAGAACUGUCCUUUUUACUGUAUUUUUUAUACGUAGGUUGUCUUGUUCAGAUUGACUAUGCUGCAGUGUUUGUGAUGCUUCGUCGGCCUGAAAGCGAAAAGAAGGCUUCGAUUUUCCUCCAGAGGAACUCAUAUUUAACUCCCACAGUGCCUUCUUGGGGGCCUACGUGUAACAUCGGGGUAUGGUAGGAAAAUCUACGGGGGCCUUUGCGGCAGGCAGCGGGAGUCACAAGUGAGGGUUCAUUGUGGGUAUCGUAGGUGUUGAGGUGGGGUUAGCUGGAGAUUAAUGGUGCACAGUGAGAUUGUAUAUAGGCUCUUGUGUGUGUACACAGUUCCUAACCGCCAUAAAAAAAACCAGCUGGUGCCAAUACAUUCUAUGGUAAAAUGUUACAUAAAAAAGGAAUGUUUUUUGAAUGUAAGUCAGUUAAUAUAUUACAAUGUGUAUUUGUUGUUUCCACUUCCACAUUACAUUUUAUGCAUAUGUUGCAGAUAAUUUUUAUGGCAUACUUCAUGGCAUGCAUAAACAAUGAACGUAUUGUUUAAAAGUUGAAAUAGUGCACAUAUUGUGUAAUUCAUAGGAUGCAGUAAACGUGACAUUGUUUUGAAAAAUGUUUUACUUCCAUUUUUAAUAUAUUGGUCACAGGUAUGGAUGGGGUGGAUGAUCUGUUGGAUUUUAUAGGGAUUUUAUUUGUCUCUUAAUCGUUGAGUUGUGACAACAGUAUCAUAGACAUGGUCAAAACUCAAUGAUUAAGAGACAAUUAAGGUGGUGUCUUUGUCACAAAUUCUGAUUUGCUAAAGUAGUGUUUUUGUGAUUCUGAUUUUAUCAUUAAAUGUAAUUCAAAAGGUA